AUGCACACCUUUUCUUUCCUCCCCUGCCUCCUCCUCUCCCUCCUUCUCCUCCUGGUCUCCACCGCCCACGCCAUCGAAAUCAAGGUCGUGUCGGUGACGGCCGAGGAUGGCGCCAAGCCCAUCGACCCGGCCAGCAUCAAGCUGGUGCCGCGGCCCCUGAGCCCUUCGUCGAUCGAGCGCGUCCGCAACAAGACGGCCGGAGACGAAGAGGACCCCGGGAGGACCAGCCGACGGAGCAGCGGCGCGGGCAACGCCGUCUCGUACAGCGGCAACUGGUGCGGCGCCAUGCAGAACGCGCCGGCAAGCAACCUCGUCUCGUCCGUCUCGGGCUGGCUCACGGCGCCGAUCCUCGACAUCCGGCACACCGAGAACCGGACGCCGCAGUUUGCCGCGUCGUGGAUGGGCAUCGACGGCGGGGAGAAUUGCCGCACUGCGUUGUUGCAGGGUGGCACCACGACCGAGAUCGAUGCGAACGGUUUCCAGACGUCCAAGGCCUGGUUCGAGUGGAUCCCUGAUGCAGCCUUUGACAUCCCAAACAUGCCUGUGGCGCCUGGUGACAACAUUUACAUCAAAGUGGAAGCGCUGAGCAGCAGGCGAGGUCGAAUCACAAUGACCAACGCAGACCAGCCCUUUUCCAUCGUGAUAGAGCUCACAGACGGCCAGCCGCUCUGUCGUCGACACGCAGAGUGGAUCGUCGAGAACUUCCGCGUCAAUUCUAACCGGGUUCCGUUUGCGAAAUUUGACGACAUUUGGUUCCAGGAGUGCGAGGUCAAGCUGCAGAACGGACAAACCUGGGGAGUAGACGGCUCCAGGAUGUACUACAUGGAAACUGUCUACGAUGUCCCGGUCUGUCGUGCACUCGAGUACGACAACGGUAUAUUUUUGGCAGAGUCGGACGGAAACUGA